UGAAAAGCCAGCAGAUUCCAGCGCCCCCGUCCCACUCCACCUCCAUCCCCACGCUAAAUUAAACGAAGCCCCGGGAGAUUCGUCUCCACCUCCUCCUCUUCCCCUUCCGCAGUUCCGCCCGCCGAAACCCUAGCCCGCCUCGCCGCCGGCGAUGGCCGCAUGAGUGCAUGACCGAUGCGCCACCGCGGAACCGCCUGCCGCCCAGCAUCGCGAAGCCCGUCGCCGCCGCAGCCGUCGUCGUAGCGGCGCUCGCGUCCUCCUUCCUCGCCCUCCCGCAUCCGCGCGCUGCACCGGUCGCCGCGGGAUCCAGGUUCCUCAUGUCGAAGGCGAGGGUCUACACCGACGUGAACGUCAUCCGCCCCAAGGAGUACUGGGACUACGAGGCGCUCACCGUCAAUUGGGGUGAGCAGGAUGACUAUGAAGUUGUCAGGAAAGUUGGAAGAGGUAAAUAUAGUGAGGUCUUUGAAGGCAUCAAUGUUAACAAUAACGAGAAAUGCAUCAUUAAGAUCCUUAAGCCUGUCAAGAAAAAGAAGAUCAAAAGGGAGAUCAAAAUACUUCAGAAUCUCUGUGGAGGUCCAAAUAUUGUGAAGCUGCUUGAUAUUGUCAGAGAUCAGCAUUCAAAGACCCCGAGCUUGAUCUUUGAAUACGUCAACAACACAGAUUUCAAAGUUUUGUACCCCACGUUGACGGAUUAUGACAUCCGCUACUACAUAUACGAGCUACUCAAGGCUCUAGAUUACUGCCACUCCCAAGGCAUUAUGCAUCGAGAUGUCAAGCCCCAUAAUGUAAUGAUAGACCAUGAGCUUCGAAAACUUCGCUUGAUAGACUGGGGCUUGGCUGAGUUCUACCAUCCAGGCAAGGAGUAUAAUGUCCGUGUUGCAUCAAGGUAUUUCAAGGGACCUGAACUUCUCGUUGAUUUACAAGACUACGAUUAUUCUUUGGACAUGUGGAGUCUUGGUUGCAUGUUUGCUGGAAUGAUAUUUCGCAAGGAACCAUUCUUCUACGGUCAUGACAACCAUGAUCAACUUGUGAAGAUUGCAAAGGUGCUGGGAACAGAUGGGCUGAAUGCUUAUUUGAACAAGUACCAUAUUGAGCUUGACCCUCAACUUGAAGCUCUUGUUGGAAGGCAUAGUAGGAAACCCUGGUCAAAGUUCAUUAAUGCUGAUAACCAACAUCUAGUUUCGCCUGAGGCCAUAGAUUUUCUUGAUAAGCUUCUACGCUACGAUCACCAAGAUAGGCUUACUGCACGUGAAGCUAUGGCACAUCCCUACUUCCUUCAAGUCAGAGCAGCGGAGAUCAGCAGGACACGCCCACAAUAAUCUUCGUGUACGACCUCUAAAUGGAGCUGUUGCUAAUUCUGUUGCUAAUUAUUCUGUAAGCAACUUGCUCCAGCUAUUUGCACCAUGACAGUGAUUCAGAUAGUACGAGUUGCAUUGUAUGGGAGAGCCCUUUAUAUCUUUAAACUUGGGAACACUGUGCUUUAUUCCGCUAAUUGUGCUCGAGGGAUGCGAUGGCAUGCAUAUAAUCUUUUCCGCAACGGGGGCAUCGUGAUCUUGACUAAUUGUAGAACACGAUUACAGCCCUAAGAUGAAUGUUGUAUUAUGGCGUGGUAUUGUGUAUGCAAGAUUCUUUUUUGGGAUUCUUGUGAUAGUAGUAAACUGCAAUGAAAUAUUCUCAGACGGAGGGGUAUUGAGAUUAUAUUUCAUUAUUUUUUGAGAAAAAACGUUUUGCUUAUUAUUAUAUGGCUAAUACUUAAA